GCGUACCUUGUGUCUAUAUCAUUUUGUAGUAAAACAGUGAGGGGUUGUUCGUAACAGAUAAUUAAUGUGUAACCUGUUAUCUCACACGUGCUAAGAAGAUGCAAGGAGUGAGGCGACCAUUUUCUAAGUAAUGCGGGUCGGGGCCUUCUUCCACCAUUGACAACAGAUCUAGACGAUCCCUUCGACAGUUUCUACCUUCGAAUAUUUUGGGAGAAGUAAAUAAACGUGCUAUUGACUGCGGGAAAUGUACUUCUUGCCGUUAUGGUCUGUGGAUUUUUAUAACAGUUAGGCGAGGAGCGCAGAGGAACAUCGUUCGACAGUGGCACAUCGUUCGUUGUGUUAAAUUGUUCCUUAAAGGAAUAAAAUAAAAAACGAAGUAGUUAGAUUUUCUUUCCUCGGGAGUUUUUUUUUCAAAAUGGAGAGGGAUUAUCAGUAUAUUUUCGAAGAAAAGGAAAGUGUCACCUUUAGCGCUGCAGACUAUGUCGUUUUCGCUGCCACUUUGCUCGUAUCGGCUUCCAUUGGACUCUACUAUGCCAUCAAAGAUAGAAAAAAGACGGAUGAAAAAGAGUUCCUCUUGGCUGGAAGGUCCAUGCAGACUAUUCCGGUCUCUCUGUCUCUUCUUUCCAGUUUUAUAUCUGCCAUCACGUUACUGGGCACACCGGCAGAGGUUUAUACCAAUAAUACGAUGUAUUGGUGGAUUUCCAUCGGGUUCAUCCUGUCAGCUGCUGGAACAGCUCACAUUUUUGUUCCUGUCUUUUAUCAACUUGAAAUCACUAGUGUCUUUCAGUAUAUAGAACUUCGUUUCGGUCACACGUGCCGUGUGCUUGGAUCCAUCAUCUACCUAACAUGGAUGAUACUGUAUAUGGCUGUUGUUUUGUAUGGGCCCUCCCUGGCUCUCAAUGCUGUGACGGGGUUGUCGUUAUGGGGUUCCGUAGUUGCCGUCGGUCUCGUCUGUAUUUUCUAUACUACUCUGGGAGGGAUGAAAGCUGUCGUUUGGACAGAUUCGUUUCAGAUGCUGGUCAUGUUCGCGGGAAUGCUUGCGUUGCUGAUUUCCGGAAGUCUGAAACUCGGCGGCCUCGAUGUGGCGUGGGACAUUGCUAACAAGAAUCAGAGAAUCCUUUUCUUUGAAUUUGACCCAGACCCGUCGGUUCGUCACACAACCUGGAAUGUGGUCAUCGGCGGAGGGUUCUUCUGGAUGGCAAUCUACGGCAUCAACCAGGCUCAGGUACAACGGGCCAUCUCCGUACCGUCCAUAAAACACGCCAGAACGGCAAUCUGGCUGAAUUUCCCUGGCAUGUUGAUCAUUCUUUCCCUUGUGUGCACUGUUGGUGUUGUUAUGUAUGCGUUCUAUUCCACGUGUGAUCCUGUCAGUUUGAAGAUUAUCAGCAAAACUGAUCAAUUGAUCCCCCUUUUUACGAUGGACCUGCUGGGGCACCUAAAUGGACUGCCUGGGCUGGUUCUCUCCUGUGUAUUCAGCGGCAGUCUAAGUACUAUUUCUUCUGGUUUGAAUGCUGUGGCGGCUGUUUUGUUAGAAGACUUCGUCAAACCUUACUGCUGCAAGAAAAUCUCGGGUUAUGCUGCAACACUCUUCUCCAAAGUAACAGUGGUUGGCUGCGGAUUAAUUUGUUUGGCGAUGGCAUAUUUUGUCUCUGAGCUGGGCGCAAUUUUACAGCUCGCUUACGUUUUGUUUGGCAUUCUUGGAGGACCGCUGUUGGGGCUAUUUACUUUUGGCAUGCUGUGCCCCUGGGGAAACAAAUGGGGAGGAAACAUUGGUCUCAUCACUGCGCUGGCCUUCGUCGCCUGGAUCGGACUGGGCACGUCAAUCAACAGCGUGGUUAUCACCCCCAAGUCUCCGCUGACCACUGCUGGGUGUAACAUGACGGCCAUCAACGCCCUGAAGCAACUGGCCACCACCGCCGCCCCUACUACAGCCGCUGUUCUCGCCAGCACCACCCCUGCGACGGCGGCACCGCCAAAGGACUAUUUUCUUCUGUACCGGAUGUCCUACAUUUGGUAUACCGCUCUAGCUGUCAUAACUGUGCUUUUCGUUGGUACCAUUGUAAGUCUCAUAACAGGAGGCCAUAAAAAAAUGCGCGAGUUGGACCCUCGAGUUAUCUGUCCCUUCUUUGAUGUAUUCAUGCCGUUUUUACCGGAGUCUUUUCGUUGUAAAGCGCGAUGUGGUGUCAGGCACGGCGAUGAGGAGUUCAUAGCUACUUUUAUAAAACAUCAAGAAGAGAAGUUACGACAUGAUGGAGUACACAACCCAGCCCUCGAUGUCUCCGACAUCAACUUGUCUGAAAAGAAAGUUCAAAACGGCUACACGAUCACUAAUGGCGACUAUUCUACAAAACUAUAAAAUCUCACGGUAACGAGACUUUACGCGAGCCUGAGAUACCCGAAAUCCAUCUACAAAUCAGUUUUAUCGUUCACUCUGUCUAACUUUACAAUUUUAAUGUAUAUUCAAGAAUCUGUACAUAAGAAAUGACGUUGAAAAUUCUUGUUAUGUGGAAGACCAAUUUUGCAAAGUAAAUUCUGCGUGCAAGAUGACAUCCAACUUUUUGUACAUGUACGUUUCUUGAAGCAAACUGUUGUGGCACAAUCUUAUAUUUUUUACUGACUUUUACAACGCCGUUUGCGAUAUAUGAAUACUUUUAGUUGUUUGCAGAUAAGACCAUGUGUUCCAUUAUUUUUCAUUAGAGACCAAUGUACAUGUAUAGAUAUAUAGGUAGUGAUUUAUUUUUUUAUUUUUUUUAAAUAUGUUCAUGUAGUAUGCUCUUUAAAUUAUGGAUAUCCUUUCGUAUGUACAUGUUUGUUCAAAUUUUAGAAAUAUACAUAUAGUUUUAUAUUUUUCCAAUUGAAUGAGGAAAAUGGAUAUAUUUUUAAACAGUGUUGAAUAUUUAAACAUGUUUGCUUUUAUGUGAACCUCUGGAUGACACAAUGUAUAUGAAUUUUGAUACUUAUGUACGUAUCCAAUAAAGUGAAUGGAAAAUUA